AUGUCUGCGAUGCUGACUCUUCUAUGCAUUCCAACGUGCGUGCCGCGACGCGCCGUGCGGUGUCAUUGUCAUUGCGAUCGUUGCGCCAUCGCGAUCGCCGGUGCGGCGGCCAUGGGCUGUGCGCGCGGGCAGAGCGGGAGCUGCGCGAGUAUCUGGACGUCGCUGUCACGGCCGCUCGCCACGCGGGCGAGGUUCGUCGCAUUGCCCCGUGCGUGUGUGCGCUGCCCCGUGUGCGCUGCCCCGUGUGUGCAUGCACCAUGCCACAUAGCGCGUGACGCACCCCGCAGCCCCUCGCACGUGCCGUAUCCCAACGCCCCUCACUUCCCAUCACGCCCCUCCGCUUGCCUGGCGUGCCGCCUGCAUCGCCCAACAACCCUCCCAGUCCUCUCCCUCUCCUCUCCCUCGCCUCGCCCCUCCUCUUCUCCUCUUCUCUCCUCCCCGCUCCUUCGCUGUUUCCCCGCCAACUUUCUCCUCUCCGUUUCUUUCUUCUUAACUCCCUCUACUCCGCCAUCCCUCCCCCCAUUCCUCCAUCCCCCCCCAUUCAUCCAUCCCCCUCCAUCCCCCGCCAUCCCUCCAUCCCCCUCCAUCCCUCCACCUCCCUCCAUCCCCUUCCAUCCGCCUCCAUCCCUCCAUCCCUCAACUCACCCACCCAUACAUCCGUGGAUGCGUGCACACGUGUCACCAGGUGAUUCGCCGCAGCUUCAACGCACCAAAGGACGUGCAGCACAAGGGCAAGGUGAGGCGCGUUGGAGGUCGGGGCAUGGCAUGGCAUGGCAUGUCGACCUGGUCACAGAAACGGACAAGCAAUGCGAGGCACUCAUCAUGCAGCACAUCUCAGCCGCUUAUCCCUCCCACAAGUUGAUAGGCGAGGAGGAGUCAUCAGUGCAUGGCACGGCGGGGCUGUCAGACGACCCCACGUGGAUGGUGGACCCCCUCGAUGGCACCACCAACUUCGUGCACCGGUAUCCAUUCGUGUGUGUGUCCAUCGGGCUGGCCAUCAACAAGGCGGUGGUGGUGGGGGUGGUCUUCAACCCCAUCCUCAACGAGAUGUUCACAGCGAUGAGGGGUCAUGGUGCCAUGCUCAACGACGAGCCCAUCCAUGCAUCCUCUCAGACGGACAUUGGGUCAGCACUGCUCGCCACUGAGAUAGGCACCAAGAGGGAUGCAGGCACAGUGGCAGGGCUGACAGGGCGCAUCAGCAGCCUGCUCUUCCAGGUGCGGUCGCUGCGGCUGUCGGGGUCGUGUGCGCUGAACCUGGUGGGAGUGGCAUGCGGCCGCCUCGACCUCUUCUACGAGAUCGGCUUCGGUGGACCCUGGGAUGUAGCAGCGGGGUCGCUGAUAGUGGAGGAGGCGGGCGGCCUCUGCUUUGACCCGCUUGGACGGCGCGUCGUCUCGCGCGCAGCGCCGUGGCUGGCUGAGACUUCCCCGCUUGGCGGCGUUGGCUCCGUCGCGCGCCGGUUUUCGAGCGCCGCUGACGGCACUGCGACGUCGGACGAGCUGAUUUCUAUGGAGGAGAAAAGCAGCGCACACAACUACCACCCGCUGCCCGUAGUGUUCGCGGAGGCGCACGGCGCGCGCAUCACGGACCCCGAGGGGCGCGAGUACCUCGACUUCCUCUCCGCCUACUCCGCCGUCAACCAGGGCCACGGCAACGCGCGCAUACUGGCGGCGCUGCAGCAGCAGGCGGAGCGGUGCACGCUGUCGUCGCGCGCCUUCCACAACGACCGCUUCCCGCUGUUCGCGCGGCGCAUCACGGCGCUGAUGGGGUACGACAAGGUGCUGCCCAUGAACACGGGCGCCGAGGCCGUCGAGACCGCUCUCAAGGUCGCCAGGAAGUGGGCGUACGAGAAGAAAGGCGUGCCCGCCAAUCAGGCGCUGGUGAUCUCGUGCUGCGGGUGCUUCCACGGGCGCACCAUGGCGGCCAUCAGCAUGUCGUGUGACAACGACGCCACGCGCGGCUUCGGCCCGCUGCUGCCCGGCCACCUCAAGGUGGACUUUGGGGACGUGGACGGGCUGCAGCGCCUGCUGGCGGAGCACGGCCCACGCGUGGCGGCGUUCAUAGUGGAGCCCAUCCAGGGCGAGGCGGGCGUGGUGGUGCCGCCCGAGGGCUACCUGCGGGCGGUGCGGCAGCUGUGCUCCCAGCACGGCGUGCUGCUGCUGGCCGAUGAGAUCCAGACGGGCCUCGCCCGCACCGGCAGGAUGCUCGCGUGCGACCAUGAGGGCGUGCGCCCUGACGUGCUCAUCCUGGGCAAGGCGUUGGGAGGGGGGGUGGUGCCAGUGAGUGCGGUGCUGGCGGAUGAUGACGUCAUGGGGUGCAUCCGACCGGGCGAGCACGGCAGCACGUUUGGCGGCAACCCCUUGGCGUCAGCAGUGGCGCUGGCGGCGCUGGCGGAGAUUGAAGAGGGCGGGCUGGCCGACAGGGCGCAGCGGCUGGGGGAGCAGCUACAGGCGCAGCUGAGGGCAGUGCAGGCGCGGUACCCCCAUCUGAUCCAGGAGGUGCGGGGGCGAGGGCUGCUGGUGGCGGUGCAGGUGGCGGGCGAGGGGCUGCCGGGGGGAGUGACGGUGCUGGACGUGUGUGAGGCGAUGAAGGAGCGCGGCGUGCUGGCCAAGCCCACCCACAACACCAUCAUCCGCCUCGCCCCCCCCCUCACCAUCUCGGAGGAGGAGCUGGGGCGGGCGGCAGCAGCGCUGGAGGCGGUGUUGGGGGAGGACAUGCCGCGCCUUGUGGCGCAGGCUGCUGCUGCCGGCGCCGACAAGAAGACGCACAGCAAGGAGCCCUGCGACCGCUGCGGCCGUGUGCGCUGA